CUCAAAAUUUCAAAACCGAUGCUAUGGAAUAUAGGUUCGCCAAAUCUUUAUGUCGCUGUAACAGAAAUUCGGCAAAACGGUAAAAUUAUUGAUUCUUAUAACACGAGGUUUGGAAUCCGCUCGAUAAAAUUCGAUACCGAAAAAGGUUUUCUUUUGAACGGUGAACGUCUUUAUUUGCAAGGCGUUUGCAAUCAUCACGAUCUCGGUGCGUUAGGUUCGGCUAUGAAUUAUCGUGCACUUGAAAGACAACUCGAAAUUUUGAAGGAAAUGGGCGUGAAUGCAAUUCGCACUUCGCAUAAUCCGCCUGCGCCCGAAUUGCUCGAACUCGCCGACCAGAUGGGAUUUGUCGUGAUUGAUGAAGCCUUUGACGAAUGGGCGAGAGGAAAAAGAGUGAACGGCUACAACAAAGUUUUUGCCGAUUGGCACGAGAAAGAUUGGCGUUCGCAGCUUCGGCGCGACCGCAAUCAUCCGUCGGUAAUUUUAUGGUCAACGGGUAACGAAAUUUGGGAACAAGGCACACCCGAAGGUCAUAAAAUUUCAAACGAAUUGCGUCAAAUCGCACACGAAGAAGACCCGACGCGCCCGACAACUGCCGGAGCAAAUGAC